AUGGACCGUAAUGAGUUGAAAUGGAACCAAGUAGCAGAAGGACCGUAUCAUGUGAUUACUCGAGCUAGAAACAUGCUAGCCUCUUGGAAGAAAGCCCAGCUGAAGUCGUCUAAUUCUGGUAUAGAUGUUUUUGCGGGUAAUCAAUGGCUCCCGCCACCUGCUGGCACCUUCAAAAUUAAUUUUGAUGCAGCUCUCCUCCCCUCUGUUGGCCAUGGAGCUUUUGGUGCUGUAAUUUCAAACUGUCAUGGUGAAUUUGCAUCAACAUCAGCGUCAUCAUUGCGGGGUUGUUCUUCUCCAGCAUUAGCUGAAGCUCAAGCGCUUAGAAAUGUUUUGUCAUGGUUGCUGUUGGACUACUCUAGUUUGCAGUUUCAGGUUGAGACUAAUUGCCUGCAAGUUUACUAUGCUAUGAGGAGUUCUGUCCAAGACUUGUCUGAGUUUGGAGUUGUCAUCUCUGAAUGUAAGUUACUCUUAGUCCAAUUGCCUAAUGUCAUUUUGGCUUGGAUUAGAAGACAAGCUAAUGAUAUAGCUCAUGUUUUAGUUAAAUCAGUUCCUAGUGGGGCUUAUUUUCGAACUUGGAAUAUUGUUCCCGCUUAUAUUGCUUGUUUCUUCUCUUAA